AAUGGCUAUGAUGGUUCCCCCCUAGAUGAAUCCAAAAUAUAAAACUUCACUUUGUAAACAUUGGACAACAACAGGAAAUUGCAGUAUUGGAUCUAGAUGUCAUUUUGCUCAUGGAGAAAGAGAAUUGCGUAAUCCUAAUGAUGUAUUACAAAUAUUUAUAAAUUUAUUUAGCCAUUACCUCAAUUACCAAGCCAAAAUUUACAAGAUCCUAAACUUCUAUAAGUUUAUUUCUCUGGCAGUUUGGGAAUUCACAAUUAUAAAACCACAUUAUGCAAAUAUGCAAGCAAUAACACUUGCAGAUAUUAAGAAAUGUGUCAUUAUGCCCAUUCACCAGAAGAAAUGAUUCCAUUUGAAAAAGUUAGAAAUGUUACUACACAAGUGUUGAUCUCAAAUUAUGUCUCUUUAAUAAAGAGUCAUUAUUUGUUAAAUAGUCAUUCAAUUCCCGGUUUUAAUAUCAAUUAAGAAUAAGUAGAAGUAAAUAUGCUCUUUUUAUAUUUUAGUUAGCAUUAUAAAUGGAAUUCCAAAAAUUGAUAGUAGCAUAAUAACUUAAAUUUGUACUUAAUCAUCUAGAUAAAAUGGAUUACACUUAAUCAGAAUUGAGACUUAAAUUAAAUACCGCUCAUGAAUUACUUAAUGCCAACAACUUUCCAGGUUGUAGCUAAACCAUCAGUGAUAUAAUUAAUAGACCAAAUGUACCAACAGAUGAAAAGAAACAUUAUUAAGAUAUUCUUUUUGAAAGUGCUUAAGAAGGGUUUAGGAUUGUGGAAGGAUAUUAAAGAUAAAUAUUUGAAUUCUAGUGUGAAUAAGCAUAACAACUACAGGAAACAUAUUAGAAGAGUGAAAAUCCAUAAACUUUAUUUGGUAAUGCACCAACUCUUCCUACCACAAGUAUUCCAGGAUAUCGGUUUUGAU